AAGCGCCAAUAGCCCUGUGUGUGCAAGAGAGAGACUGACAUAGACACAGACAGAGACAGAGACAGAGACAAACAAAAGGGGACUUUAUCUAUAUCUAUAUGUGUAUCUAUCUGCACACUUUUUUGUAUAGAAAAGCAAGUAGCUUAGCACAUAUAUCCCAACAAAUUCCACUUUCCAUUUUCUCCACUCACUACUUCUCUCUGUAAGCCUUCUCUGCUCCCCACUACCCCAUCAACACACUACUCUCUCUCUGUUCUGUGUGUCUCUGUUUGUAGUUCCAUUUGAAAAAUCAGGUGGUUUUUUAACUUGGGGUUUCUUGUAUUCUUGACUUCUUGAUAUGCAAGGGGGAAAACCAUCUGGAAAACAAGAAAAAUAAGUGGAAAAUUUGGAAGAAAAUGAGUGGGGAUCAACACAUGGAGGAGAUGCAUUACAUGAACAUGGGAUAUCCAUACAAUGUUCCAGAGACUUUCACGGAGUUCUUGAAUGGUGUUUCACAACCUCCUAUACAGUAUCAUAAUAACCCUCUACAGAUUCCGGAUCAGGAAAAUGCAUAUUGGUCUAUGAAUAUGAGUUACUAUAAAUAUGGACACUCCAGUCUUGAGAGUACUUCUUAUCAUUCUUAUGAGGCUGGCAUUAACCAUGUAUCAAGACCGGAUCUUUCAGAGAGGCCUUGGGAGUAUGCUGUUCCUGUGAAUGUUCACGAAGGUGUAUCGACUGUUCAUCAAGGUGUAUCGACUGAUGUAAUAUAUGAGGAAAAUAUGGUAGUCCCCGAAGAGGAUGCUGGCCCAGAGGAAUGUGUUUUAUCCAAUCAAGACGAUUCUAACCACCAGGAAAUUUUGGAAGAUGAUAUUGACCCUGACAACAUGACCUAUGAGGAGUUACUUGAUUUAGGUGAAACAGUAGGAACUGAAAGUCGAGGACUUCCCGAUGAACUAAUUAAUUUGCUUCCAACAACCAAAUACAAAUCUAACGGAAUCUUUUCUAGGAAAAAAUCAGAAGAAAGAUGUGUCAUCUGUCAAAUGAGGUACAAACGAGGGGAUCGACAAAUAAAUUUUCCAUGCAAGCACAUAUACCACACUGAAUGUGGCUCCAAAUGGCUGAGCAUCAACAAGACAUGUCCCAUUUGCAACGCGGAGGUACACCUUGACGAAUGAAGUUAUAAAAUGGUGAAUAUAGUGUUUAAAUUAGCACAGAUUUGCUUCAUUGGGCUUUCAAUAUCUCCCACCAUCGGCCUCUAACAUAGAGUAACAUCAAAGCUUGUAAUAGCUUCUCUUAGAUCAUGCUCACAAUGCAGGAAAAGUACGAUAUAUAUAGAAUGCUCAUAUGUUAACAAUCUUAUGUCCUUUUACGGCUACUAGUCUGGAAUAUAGAGCUCUUCCUCUUUUACUUUUUUGAGUCAUAUACCGAGCUCUUGACCUUUAAGAUUCUUAGCACUAAACGCAUUGUACUUUUAGUAUAUGGAUUCAGAUAUAGUAAUACUUAUUGAAGUUCUAGUGGACUUUGACA